UGGCUCAUCUUCUUCUGUCCCUCCGUCGGACCAUCAUAUGAUUCAUAUCAUAUCAUAUCUUUCCCAAUUUUUCUUGUUUCUCUCUGAACUCUCGAGAAGUAAAAUCUUGGGGGGAUACCAAAAAUCUUUUCUUGUUGUUCUAAAUUAAGUGUUUAUUAUUAAGAUUAAGGCCACAAUUUUGGAAUUCUAGGGUUAGGGUUUUAAAGAUGGAUAGAUACAGAGGAGGAGGUGAAUCAGACGCUUACGAUAGAAGAAUGCCUCCAUCUUUAUCUUCUUCUGAACCCCCAAAUAGAAACCCUAAUUUUAGACCUGGGUUUUCUUCUGCUCGUGGUGGUGGUGGUGGUGGUGGUGGUCGGAGUACCAAUUUCCAUAGUCCUCCUCAUCAGCAACCUUCUUCUUCUUCCGAUUACAGUCACGGCGGCGGCGGUGGUGGUCGGAGUAAUAAUUUCAACAGUCCACCUCCUUCUAAUCGGGGCGGCCGCAGUAGCAAUUUUCACAGUCCUCCUCCUUCUAAUCAUACCCAAGGUGGUUUUGGUGGUGGUGAUGGUGUAAGUGGUUUUGGUGGUGGUGUUGCUCGGAGUAGCAAUUUUCAUAGCUCGUCUCCAUCUAAUCGGGGUGGUCGGAGUAGCAAUUUUCACAGUCCUCCGCCUUCUAAUCAUUCCCAAGGUGGUGGUGGUGGUGGUGAUGGUGUAAGUGGUUUUGGUGGUGCUCGGGGCAGCAAUUUUCAUAGCCCGCCUCCUUCUAAUCAUUCCCAUGCUGGUGGCGGUGGUGGAAGCGGGUUUAGUAGUGGUGGUGAUGGGUUUAGACCAAUGGGUGGUGCUGCAAGUAGCUUCAAUGGUGGUGGGAGUCAUGGGAUGCCAAUUUCUGGUCAGAAAAGAGGGUUUCCUUUCUCUCCCAAAGGAGGGUCUCCGCCAGAAAACACGGAUGGUGCUGCGUUUGCCAAACUUUUCGUUGGAUCUGUUCCUAGGACUUCAACUGAAGAGGAAAUCCGCCCUUUGUUUGAAGAGCAUGGAGAUGUUAUUGAGGUUGCUCUGAUCAAGGAUAAGAGAACCGGGCAACAACAAGGAUGCUGUUUCAUAAAAUAUGCAACUUCAGAGGAUGCUGAGAGGGCCAUUAGAGCUUUGCACAAUCAAUACACUUUACCUGGGGGAACAGGCCCUAUACAAGUUAGAUAUGCUGAUGGAGAGCGGGAGCGCCUUGGAGCAGUUGAGCACAAGUUGUUCGUUGGGUCUAUGAACAGACACGCUGCAGAGAAAGAAAUCAAGGAGAUUUUUGCUCCUUAUGGCCGGGUUGAAGAUGUUUACAUUAUGCGGGAUGAUCUAAAGCAAAGCCGUGGAUGUGGAUUUGUUAAAUUUUCUCAUAGAGAUAUGGCAGUAGCCGCUAUGAAUGCUCUUAAUGGAACCUAUUUAAUGAGAGGUUGUGAUCAGCCAUUAACAGUUCGAUUUGCUGAUCCUAAAAGGCCUAGGGUGGGAGAUUCGAGGGGAACUCCUUCAUUUGGGGGUCCUGGUUUUGGUCCCCGUUCACAAGCAACACCAGGGUUUAGACCGGCAUCAAAUCUUGGUGACCCUAUGGGUGGACGAGGACCACCUAGUUCGUGGAAUCCAAUUAGUCCUCAGAAUGCAGGACCACCUUCUGAUGUUAAUGCGCAUGGUUUCAAUGGUCAGUUGGGUGCUAGAAGUGGUGUUAUGACUGUUCCAUCUGCCACUGGUGGCCCCAUGGGAGGCUUCGCCGGUCCUUCAAAUGGUUCGCAUCCACCACUUGCACCUUUACCGUCUUCAAUCCCUCAACAGGGUUAUAACCAGUCUAUGCCUCAAAUAUCAUCUGGUGGAGAGCUAGUUUCACCUUUAUCAAAGCCACUUCAGUCUCCUCCAGACUUGCUGCCUCCAGUACAACUACAAUCGCAGAACACGCCAGUAUCAUCUUACUCACAGACAUCAACUCAACAAGGCCAGUUACAGAUUUCCAACUCUGCCAUCCGACCCUCCCUUAAUCAGGCAUUUCCAUCACAACAUUCAUCUGGCUCAGUAGGUCAAGUGCCAGUUUCCCAGCCUCAGGUCCAGCAGAGUGCCUCUGUUGCUCCACAGCUCUUGCAACUAGGUGUCUCUGGGCCUACUGGUAUUCAGCAGAAGCAACAAUUGCAUCAGCAUCCGCACCAAUCGCCCUCCCAGCUAGCUCAGGUCCUGUCUCAGCAAACACAAGCUUUGCAAGCUAGGUUUCAGUCAUCACAACAGGCAUUCACUCAGCUACAACAAAAGAUGCAUAUGAUGCAGCAGUCUGGUCAAAAUCUAGCUCAGCAGCCAAAUACCCAGGCAACUAAAUUACAGUCUCCAUGGUCAGGAAACAUUCCUCAAGGGCAGACAGUUUCCAACAGUCUUGCUACUGCAGCUGCUGUGCCCGGGUCUUCAACAACAGCCGCUACAACUCCUGCUUUAGCACCUAUUGUUGGGCAGGUUGCACUUCCUCCUUGUACUUGGACAGAACACAUGUCCCCUGAGGGAUACAAGUACUAUUAUAACAGUGUAACAAGUGAAAGCAGGUGGGAGAAGCCUGAGGAGUUAACCUUGUUUGAGCAACGGCAGCAACAAAAGUUAUCUCGUCCUCAAAAACCUCCGGUUCAACAAUUUCAAUCUCCUGCACAAUCACAGUCACAACCGCAGGUCCUAUCUACCCAGCAAGGCCCUCAGUCGCAACAAAGUCAGAUUCAACCACAGGUCCUAUCUAGCCAACCAGGCCCUCGGUCACAACAAAAUCAGAUUCAUCCACAGGUCAUAUCUAGCCAACAAGGCCCUCAGUCACAACAAAAUCAGAUUCAACCGCAGGUGCGUCACCCCCAACAGCUGCAGCAACCUUCUUUAAACUCACCGUACCAGGGAUCUGGCUUUGCUGGUCAACAAAAUGCUCAGGAACUUGGUUAUGCUCAAUCCCAGGUUUCAGCCAAUUCAGGUGUUGACCCUGCUCGUUUCCACCAGGGGAUUCAGGCACAGGAGUGGGCGUGGAAGAACAAACCUACAGGAUCAUAAUUUAGGGAAGGGAUCCUGAAGCAAGAUGCAGAUGAAGCUUGUGUACUUGAAGGAGAGAAAGUCCCAUUCUAAAUGGUGUGCACAGCGGUUUAUGCGGCGAAAUGUAUGAUAGAGAGAAUCCAUGCCUGAGGACUAGAAGCCGUCCUGUGCCGUGCUCCUCGUGUUAUAUGUACUUUGAGCUUCGCCCUUGACCAUGUCGGGGUUUUACAAUUUCAGUAACACUUGAUGGAAAAAUUUUCACGAAGGAAAGUCCAAAAAGUUAAAAACAAAAUCUGUUGACAGAUCUGUAAUGAUGGUCAUGGGUAAUAUUGAGCUGAUUUUAAUUUUGGAUGCAAACUUGAGCAACUCAAGAUGCAUUAUUCA